ACUGUACCGUUGAUGACUGCGAACUCGAUUGUUUGGCUACAAUAUUCUACCUACAAUCGAUAGAUAUCGUAGUGGCGAUGAAGGUGUCGGUCAAAGGUUCCAUCCUGCGACUGAUAUCGCUCGAAAAGACCGCCUUGGUAUCUAUCAAUCCACUCGCCAGCGACAGAAUGAGGUGUACGGUGCUCCAGUGUCUUAGUUCGAUUGGCGGGGAGGCCAGCAAGAGGUCAGCACCAUUCCACGACUGGUCGUCGUAUUUUUCACUUCUCAACUUCGCGGGUUAUCAGCAAGUACUAAAAACAGAGGAGCAAUCUCAAAUCUCCUACGAUGACCACUACAUUUCGAUGUACAACACUCGAGACGUCCAUGCAGAUGCAGGCCUGCCGCAUAUUCUGGCACAAAUCCACGAUCAGUAUCGUCCUCAAGCGCGAGCUCUCAGACUGCACACCAAGUCGAGAGAUUCCAGUUCUUUAUAUUAAACGACCUUCAAUAUUCGGUGGUGACCUGGAAAUCGACCUCGGCGGCAGUGUUCACCCGGUGCGCAUGCUCCCCGUGUCCGGCAAGGACGUGCGCAAUCUACGCUUUGGACUUGUGUACGGACCCAAGCGGAAGCGCGUUCGCUUCCGCGCCCCCGACGUAGCAACGUACGACAACUGGGAGAUGGUUCUCGAAGUCGCCGUCGAGAAGGCGGCAGCCGAACGACCAACAUUCCACACGUGGCCAUAUCCAGGCACAUCGCCCAGCUUGUCAGCACUAGAAGAGGGGUACGUUUCAGAGGAGUUCGGCUUCAGCGACAACGACGGCAACGAUGAGAUCAAGACAAAUGACUUGCGAUGUAAACUACCACAACCAACACAGAAUCCCAUGACCGGCAGCUUCGUGGACUUCAUAGAUCCUCCGUCGCCAGAGAAGAACUCAAGUGCAGACGACACCGAGGACGACUACGACCGGAUCCAGUCGACAGUGAGCGACUAUGAGAUGGCGAUCAUGCCGCUCGCUCGAGAGGUCGAAGUUGUUCGACCCAUGCCAUCUACGGGUAAUUACUCGUACGCCAGCAACAAGGUGUUCGUACAAGAGGACGCGACCCUUUCGAACCAAGAGCCUCAUGAAGAGGCCGUUUGGUGUCCCAAGAAGCCACAGUUUGAAAACCCAUUCGCCACCCGACUCCAACUCAUUUCCAGCAGCGGGCUGGGAGCUGCCAAGUACUCGAUUGGAGACUAUUUCACGUGGAUCAAAGCAGGGUUUGACCACAGAGAGGAGCGCGAAGUACUCAAGCGAGCAUAGCUAUCUAAAGAUUCUACGUUGAAGUUCUACUCAGAUUCGACUUCCUUAGUGAAACCAAAUGAAAAUGUUUUUGACCAAUC